CUCCACUGAGUCGUCUCGCUCUGCCCCAGUCCUGUCACUGCCGGACUUCCACUGUUUUGAAUUUGACUCGAGAGAAAUUUAGCCCAUCGGGAUUUUGAUUUUUAAAGCAUAAGACACGCAAUGCAAAUCUUGUAAGGCACAAUUUGCCGACCCAAUACAGAAGGCAUCGACACCUAAUUGCAAAAGCCGUUUCCUACAGCAUUUGUAAGGACAACACGGGCAAGUUGGAUGACGGAAAAAGCAGCGCCGCCCAUGCUUUUGCUUCACCCAUCCAGGGGACUAAUCGAUGAAAAGUUCAGUUUAAUCGUCCAAAAUUUGUCACAAAAUCAAGAUAUCACCUUGCACGCGCUGAUCCACUCAGAUGAUGGCGACUACUGGGAAGCCUUUGGCCACUAUGUUAGUGAUGCUACAGGAUUUGUAAAUGUUGCCAAUGAUCCUAGUUUAGGAGGGACAUAUGAUGGCGUGGAACCCAUGGGACUGUUGUGGAGCAUGAGACCAGUACCUGGCAGUAGAAUUGGACUCAGGUUGAGGAAGAAGGAGGUCCACACUCCCAUGGUGGUUCACAUCUCUGUGUACAGGGGACACAGGAGUCAGGGUUUCAGGGAGCAGGUGGCCCUGGCGAGUGUCGUCACAGAGCGCUGGUACAUGGCCCCAGGAGUCCGCAGGGUCGACAUCACAGAGGGAGGGGUCACAGGGACCCUAUUCCUGCCACCAGGACCCGGGCCCUUCCCUGCCCUGUUGGACCUGUGGGGUGGAGGUGGCGGUCUGGUGGAGUAUCGCUCUGCCCUCCUGUCGUCGCAUGGCUUUGUCUCUCUGGCCCUGGAGUACAUGACACCCCGGACCUCUGGGGGCUCAACCUCUCAUGUGGGGAACGAAUACUUUGAGGCUGCGUUCACUGUUCUAAAACAGCACCCUCAGGUGUGUGGGGACAGUAUAGCGAUACUGGGCUUGUCCUUUGGGACCUCAGUGGCUUUGGGGAUGGCUGUGUACUCCACUGUGAUUCAGCCCAGGUGUUUGGUAUGUGUGAGUGGCAGUCAUGUCCAGCCGGUGAAAGGCUCACUCUCUGAUGUCUUCGGCGAGAUUAAUAAAAACGUCCGUAACACUCGCUAUGAUGAGGAGAAUCGAGUGAUCUGGCGGGAUCUGCUCCUACCCAUUCCAACUGAUCCAACCAAGAAAGUGGAUGUGGGGCAGCUGAAAUGUCCUGUUCUAAUGAUUGUGGGUGAGGAUGACCAAAACUGGCCUGCUACUGAGUCAGCAGAGGACAUGAAGCAGAUGAUGGAGAAAGCAGGAAACAGUCAUCUGCUGACCACUCUGUCCUACCCUGGAGCUGGUCACCUGAUUGAACCACCGUAUAGUCCUCAUAUCCGUGCCAGCAACUUCAUGGUGGCUGGGACAAAACAAAAGUGUAAUUUAACGUUGGUUGUGUGUGUGGUGUGUUUGUGUCCUUGUUAUUAUCAGAGACAGUUUGACAGUAUCUUAUUUUCUGUUUUGGGGAUGUGUCAUUUUCUACUGCUAAUCGACAAUACAACACACAUUAUCACAGUGAUAUGGUUGCAAUGACUCAUUUGUCUGGUAAUAUGUGAAGUACUCUCGUCACACAUGCUGUUUGUUUUUCCUGGAGAUAGACAAAUUACUCCCUGUUAAUGUUUUACGAGGCAAUAAAUAGAACUUAAAUCAAGUACAUUACAUACUGUCAGUCUGAAGAGCAAUUUAAAAGUAAUGGUUGUUUCCAUGGCUGUUUCUAGCAAAGAUCUAGAAAUGGGUUGUGUGAAGCAGUGGAAUAAUCACACUUGUUCUCUUUAUGUUUGCUGCUUCCCCUCCUGAUUUGAUUGCAGUGGUGGUUCUUUGGGGAGGAGAGACAGCACCACACUGUUACGCACAGGAAGACUCCUGGAAGAAGAUCCUUUCUUUUCUAGAGGAGCACCUAUAUAGAAGCACAGAUGUGACCUCACAGUCAAAUCUGUGACCAGGCCAGAGAC